UCCCGCGAGAGUCUCCUAAAUAGCCGUUUCCCUGGAAACCAAGUUAAACAACUGCUGCUGGAGCGGACUGAAACACUGAACUGUCUUUUGAUUUUUAAAGUUAAAUCUGAAGCAUUUAAUCUUAAAAUGGGCAGCGAUUACUACGAGACGCUAGAAGUAAACAAAAAUGCAACAGACGCAGAUAUCAAAAAGGCAUAUCGACGUCUUGCACUGAAGUUUCACCCGAGCAGCAACAGAGAAGCUGGAGCCACCGAGAAAUUCAGUCAGCUGGGUGAAGCCUACGAUGUCCUGAGCGACCCUCGCAAAAAGGCAACCUAUGACAAGUUUGGAGUGGAGGGUCUAAAAGGUGGUAUCCCACCUGAGUUUGGCAGCGGCGGGGCCUGGUCAUCUAAAUAUGUCUACCAUGGUAAUCCAGACAAAACAUUCAGGCAGUUUUUCGGAGGCGACAACCCAUUUGCAGACUUCUAUACAAAUGAUGCACCAGUCCAGUUCGGUGGCCUGCAACCAGGAGUGGUGAAGGUCCAGGAUUCCCCAAUAGAGAGAGACCUUCAUUUGUCCCUGGAUGAUCUCUUCCAUGGAUGCACGAAAAAAAUUAAGAUCUCUCGUAGGGUUAUGAAUGAGGAUGGAUUCACAUCCAGUAUAAGAGACAAGAUAUUGUCUAUAGAUGUAAAACCUGGAUGGAAAGAAGGCACAAGAAUCAUUUUCUCCAAAGAGGGAGAUCAGGGACCAAACAGUAUCCCUGCAGAUAUUGUGUUCAUAGUGCGACAGAAGAGUCAUCAUCUGUUCGUAAGACAACACAAUGACCUGAUCUACAAGACCCAGAUCUCUCUGGAAAUGGCCUUGAUUGGGUUCUCUGUGGAUGUGGAGACACUAGAUGGCAGGCUACUCAAUAUUCCCAUCAAUGACAUUGUGCACCCUGCAUACAAAAAAGUGGUGACUGGAGAGGGAAUGCCGCUGUCCCAGGAUUCUUCACAGAGAGGAAACCUCAUCAUCACUUUUGACAUCCAGUUUCCUGAGAAGCUCUCCGCUGAGAGGAAGUAUCUGAUCAAACAAGCUCUAGCGUUUAAAGAUUGAUCACAUUUUUAAUAAAUGUGUUGCCGUCAUAGGACUAUAAAGACAAAUGUGGUUACAUAUCUGUCAUUAUCGGUGUAAACACAAUUUAUAUAACUUUGACACUAUUUGUUGAAAUAUACACUAUGAGGCAACCAGAAGUAAAGACACUUGUAAACAAGA